UUUCAUCCGCUUGAAACAAAUUAAAAAAUACAAGAACACCGCUCGCCUCUUUCUCACUCUCAUUUCUAAAUUUCCCUUCAAUGGCAAAAAAACUGAGCGAAAGUUGAGAGUGAGAUAAAAAAGUGAGAGAAAUGGAGGUCAAUUCUCUGAUGUGGUUUAGGAAGGGGCUCCGGAUCCAUGAUAACCCAGCCCUAGACUAUGCUACCAAGAAUGCCAAGCACCUUUACCCUGUAUUUGUACUCGACCCUCUUUACCUUAACCCAGAUACCUCUGCCUUCUCACCUGGUUCGAAAAAAUCGGCUCUCAAUCGAAUUCAAUUCUUGCUCGAGAGUCUUUCCGAUCUCGACUCCAGCUUGAAAGCACUUGGUUCUCGUCUCUUGCUUUUUAAUGGAGACCCUGUUCAUACCAUUAAGCGACUUUUGAACCGGUGGAAUAUUGGGAGGCUUUGUUUUGAAUUUGACACUGAGCCAUAUUCACUAACUCGGGAUGGUCAAGUCCAGGGGUGAAAAGAUACUUUUUUCCAUCACGAGGAUUUUUGGCGCCGAACAACGUUUUGGGUGGACUUUUGAGGAUUUUGCCUCCCACACUGGAAUUGAGGUUUUUUCCCCUGUCAGCCAUACUUUAUUUGACCCCAGGGAAGUCAUUAAAAAGAAUGGCGGAAAGCCACCAUUGACCUAUCAAUCUUUCUUAAGGAUUGUUGGCAUACCUUCUCCACCACAUGCCAAUACAAUAUCUUCACUUCCUCCUUUGGGAAAUAUUGAGGACUCUGAAGUGUCUAAUGUUCCUACCAUUGAAGAACUUGGAUAUGCAGAUGUGAAACAGGAAGAAUAUUCCCCAUUUCGUGGGGGUGAAUCAGAGGCACUAAAGAGGUUGAAAGCAUCACUUAUGGAUAAAGACUGGGUUGCAAACUUUGAGAAACCAAAAGGGAAGCCUACCUCCUUUGAAAAUCCAGCCACGACUGUCUUGUCACCAUAUUUGAAAUUUGGUUGUCUUUCAUCAAGGUUAUUUUACCAAGGCCUCCAAGAUGUCUUCAAGGAGGUCAAGAAGCAUACUUUACCACCAGUCUCACUUGUCGGACAGUUACUAUGGCGAGAAUUCUUCUAUGUUGUAGCUAUUGGCACUCCCAAUUUUGAUCAGAUGAAAGGGAACAAGAUAUGCAAACAGAUACCUUGGAGUGGUGAUGAUAAACUGUUUAUUGCUUGGAGAGAAGCGCAGACAGGAUAUCCUUGGAUUGAUGCUGUGAUGGUUCAGCUCCGGAAGUGGGGUUGGAUGCAUCAUCUUGCCCGCCAUGCUGUUGCAUGUUUUUUGACUCGUGGGGAUCUGUUUGUUCAUUGGGAAAAGGGCCGUGAUGUUUUCGAGAGAUUACUCAUUGAUUCAGAUUGGGCUAUAAAUAAUGGUAAUUGGUUGUGGCUUUCGUGUUCAUCAUUCUUCUAUCAGUAUAACCGCAUAUAUUCUCCAACCUCCUUUGCAAAAAAGUAUGAUCCUAGUGGAAUUUACAUUCGCCAUUUUAUCCCUGUUCUAAAAGAUAUGCCUGAAGAUUAUAUAUAUGAGCCUUGGACUGCACCGUUGGAAGUCCAGAUCAAAGCAAACUGUGUCAUAGGAAGAGAUUAUCCAAAACCAGUGGUGGACCACGAUAUAGUGAGCAAGGAUUGCAGGAGGAAAAUGGGAGCAGCUUAUGCAAUGAAUAGUACAGCAAGUGAUGUGGUAACAGGAGAGGAAUUAGGAAGUCUUGGGCGAAAAUUAGAAAAGCAACCAAUUCAGAUUUCUGAUACCAAGAAGCAAAAACAACUAAAGUUUACAGAUUAUCUUGGCUGAGCAUGUAGUGGUAUUCUUUCCCAUCCUCACUAUGUAGAAUGAUCCUUGUGUGUGUGCAAUGUAGUUUUUUUAAGAUUUACCAUUAUAUUGGUGAAUUUAGAAAACUCUACACAAUUUUUUAACAUAUAGCUCUGAAUGAAUUAGUUUAAUUUUAUUCUA